CCUCAGCUGAGCGAGGCUGCUCUGCUGCCUGCAGAAAUAAGAGACAAUUACAGGCUGGGAGAGGAGAGCGGCGCAGAAGAGCAGGGUGCUCCUCCUCCCUCCCUCUCUCUGUUCUCCCUCUUGCUUUCUCUCUCUCUCUCUUUCUCUCCUGCACCCUCGCUCAUUCUCUCUCUCUCUUUCACACACGCACACUCACGCGCAUCUACAUACACCCUGGCACGCUCACUCUCACCCUCCCUGGGCCAAUUACAAUAUUCAUCAGCGGCAAGAUAGCAAGGCUGUGUAUUUGUGCGGAGCGUGUGCGCGUUCCCUUCUUGCUCGCUCGCUCGCUCUCCGUCUCUCUCUCUCUCUUUCUCUCCAUCUAUCUAACCGGCAGGGGGAAAAGAGAGAGAGAGAGAGAGAGAGGAGGGGGGCUCAGUUUCAUCGCCUUUGCAACUGAGGUCCCAGGAUUCUUGAGCUGUGCCCAGCUGACAAGCUUUUGAAGAUGGCACAAUAACAGUCCAGUGAUGCCUGACCAUGACAGCACAGCCCUCUUAAGCAGGCAAACCAAGAGAAGAAGAGUUGACAUUGGAGUGAAAAGGACGGUAGGGACAGCAUCUGCAUUUUUUGCAAAGGCGAGAGCGUCGUUUUUUAGUGCCAUGAAUCCCCAAGGUUCAGAGCAGGAUGUUGAGUAUUCAGUGGUGCAGCAUGCAGAUGGGGAGAAGUCAAAUGUGCUCCGCAAGCUGCUGAAGAGGGCGAACUCCUAUGAAGAUGCCAUGAUGCCUUUUCCAGGAGCAACCAUAAUUUCCCAGCUGUUGAAAAAUAACAUGAACAAAAAUGGUGGCACGGAGCCCAGUUUUCAAGCCAGUGGUCUCUCCAGCACAGGCUCAGAAGUGCAUCAGGAGGAUGUGUGCAGCAACUCUUCAAGAGACAGCCCCCAAGAGUGUCUUUCCCCUUUUGGCAGGCCUACCAUGAGCCAGUUUGAUAUGGAUCGGUUAUGCGACGAGCACCUGAGAGCUAAGCGUGCCCGGGUUGAGAAUAUCAUUCGGGGGAUGAGCCAUUCCCCCAGCGUGGCAUUACGGGGCAAUGAAAAUGAAAGAGAGAUGGCUCCGCAGUCUGUGAGUCCCCGGGAAAGUUACCGGGAGAAUAAACGCAAGCAAAAGCUGCCUCAGCAGCAGCAGCAGAGCUUCCAGCAGCUGGUUUCGGCUCGGAAAGAACAGAAGCGAGAGGAGCGCAGACAGCUGAAACAGCAGCUGGAGGACAUGCAGAAACAGCUGCGCCAGCUGCAGGAGAAGUUCUACCAAAUCUACGACAGCACAGAUUCGGAAAACGACGAAGACGCCGGCAAUCUGUCCGAAGACAGCCUGCGCUCGGAAAUGCUGGACGCCCGGGCCAGAGAUUCGGUGGGCAGGUCAGAUCAUGAGAUGUGCGAGCUGGACCCGGGGCAAUUCAUCGACCGCGCCCGAGCCCUGAUCAGGGAGCAAGAGAUAGCAGACAACAAGCCCAGAAAGGAAGGCCCCAAAGAGAAAGAGCACGGGCACCACUCUUUCCACCCAGAAGGCAAGCACCUUGCCGAGACCCUCAAGCAGGAGCUGAACACUGCCAUGUCUCAGGUGGUGGACACUGUGGUCAAGGUUUUCUCAUCCAAGCCCGCCCGCCAACUUCCUCAGGUCUUCCCGCCUCUCCAGAUCCCCCAGGCCAGAUUUGCUGUGAAUGGGGAGAACCACAACUUCCACACAGCCAACCAGCGCCUCCAGUGCUUUGGUGAUGUCAUCAUUCCAAACCCGCUAGACACCUUUGGCAAUGUGCCGCUGCCUAAUUCCACAGACCAAACGGAAGCGCUGCCCCUAGUUGUCCGCAAGAAUUCAUCGGACCAGUCGGCCUCUGCCCCUCCUCCCGGCAGCCACCACCCGGCUCUCCAUCAAUCUCCACUGGCGGCUACCGCAGGCUUCACUUCCUCCUCUUUCCGCCACCCCUUUCCGCUACCCCUUAUGGCCUACCCAUUUCAGAAUCCCUUAGGCGCUCCUUCGGCCUCCUUUCCAGGGAAAGACAGAGCUUCCCCAGAAUCUUUAGAUUUAACAAGGGAGACCACAAGUCUGAGGACCAAGAUGUCAUCGCACCACAUGAACCACCACCCUUGCUCACCAGCACACCCUCCCAGCACCGCUGAAAGCCUCUCUAUAUCUCUCAUCAAGUCCGAGUGUGGUGACCUACAAGAUAUUUCCGAAAUCUCACCUUACUCGGGGAGUGCGAUGCAGGAAGGUCUGUCUCCCAACCACUUGAAAAAGGCCAAGCUCAUGUUCUUUUAUACCCGCUACCCAAGUUCCAACAUGCUGAAAACGUACUUUUCAGAUGUAAAGCAUCAUUCAUCCAGAAGAAGCCCAAAGUGCUUUACAAACAGCCAAUAUAGGGAUCAUUCACCCACCACUGAAAGGCAGCCACUUCCGUGGUGGAAGGCAACAGCCAUUCGGGGUCAGCAACACCACACACCAGUAGAUUUCAACAGAUGUAUUACCUCUCAGCUCAUCAAGUGGUUUAGCAAUUUCCGUGAGUUCUACUACAUUCAGAUGGAGAAGUAUGCACGUCAAGCCAUCAACGACGGGGUAACAAGCACUGAAGAGCUGUCCAUAACCAGAGACUGUGAGCUGUACAGAGCCCUCAACAUGCACUACAAUAAGGCAAAUGACUUUGAGCAGGUUCCAGAGAGAUUCCUGGAAGUGGCUCAGAUCACAUUACGAGAGUUUUUCAAUGCCAUUAUCGCAGGCAAAGAUGUUGAUCCUUCCUGGAAGAAGGCCAUAUACAAGGUCAUCUGUAAGCUGGACAGUGAAGUUCCUGAGAUUUUCAAAUCCCCAAACUGCCUCCAAGAGCUUCUCCAUGAGUAGAGAUUUCAACCACUAUUUAUGAAUGUAUAAAAAAUUAGCAGACCCCAUUUUUGAUGCCCAUGUUGUGCAUGUGAGUGUGUGUGUGUGUACGUGUGUCUAUAUUAAUUUCAUAUAUAUAUAUAUAUAUAUAUAUAUAUAUAUAUAUAUAUAUAUAGAAUCAAAUAAGAAUCCACCAUGAUUAUUUUUAUUUGAUAAGUAACAAGUUGAUAAUUAUUUUAACUCCAAGUUUUGUUUUACUUUUGCCCAUGAUUUUUAAUAUUUGGAAGGGGAAACAUUUGAGUUACUUUUCUUUUUCAGGGAGAAGAAUGUUUUGAAGUGUGUGCAAGCCUGUUUUAGUAAGUUUAGGGCAUUACAUUUUGCUACAAAGUGGCAUUUUGUCUUAGAAAGACAAAUGUCGCAAUCCUACAGUGAUGUUUUCUUCGUUUGUACGAAGCUCGCAAUUCUAGAGAGGCAUUUUACAAGCAUAGAGCUUUCUAAAUUUUAGCUCAACUGUUCAUUGAAGGCGGUAGAUUUUUUGUGUUAUAGUUUAGAAGACAUAUAAACAACCCUUUCAGUUACUUGAACGUCAAAGGCAGUAUCUAUCCACACCGGUCUUCAAGCUUUUCUCUUACAAGGACAACAUAUGCCCUCCCCCCAAAUCAUUUUGCCCCGUUUUCCAGUGCCCCUAGAUGCUGCUGCAGCCAUGUGCAUCUUCUGCCAUAUACCCCACUGCAAUGUUCUUCAACCUUCUGUCCCCAGAUAGCGUAAGGUCAUAAAACCAUAGAAUUGGAAGGGACAACAUUCAUCAUUGGACAACAGUUCUCAUCAGCCACAGCCAUUAGCCAAUGGUUAGGGAAGAUGGGAGUUGUAGUCCAACAACAUCUGGAGACUCAAGAUUGAAGAAAACUUCUCUACUGCAGUGAUUUCCCCAUCUUGUCCAUCCCUUCAGUAAGGUAGGGAAUGGAGAGGAAGAGUUUCUGUGAACCCACUGCAGGCCUGAAAAGGCUCUAUUUUGGAUUGGACCAAGAUUCCAGCAAGGUUCGGGUUCAAACAGAUUAGGGAGAUGGAGUUAGAACCCCAGAUUCCAGUGCUGAGAGUUUUGCUUGCUUUUGAGCUUUGCUCCCACCACUGUUCACCUAAAUCUUGCCGCCACCACCACCCAACUGCAUUUCAAACAAAGCAAUACUGCAAGUAAAUUAAGGCAAGGGGUUUUGGUAUUAUCGAAGAGGCUAUACACAGCAUUCUAGGAGUGAUUUUAAGUGUCGUAAUAAUACGGUCAGCUUAUAAAAGCAGUAGUAUUUCACUCUCCGUAGAGCAAAAAACAAAACAAAACUCUUGUAUGGCUCUCAGCCAUAGCUGAGCAUUUUUAAGUCCCUGUAUUUCACCAGUAAAUAUUGUGGUAACUCUCUCCUGUGGGAAUCGGUGUGCCUUUAAGGUUACAAUCCUAUGCACACAUACUCGGGGAGGUAUGUGCCAUGGAACCUAGAACUUACUUCUGAAUAAUUGUUGUUAGGAUUAAUCCGCUUUAUUAAGGUGUCCUUUCCCUUUACCACACUGAACGGUCAGGUUUCCCCCACAUCCUGGGAGCCAUCUUUAUCAAAAUACGUUCCUCUGUCCCAACCAGACCCUCAAGUGGUGUAUAUAUUUGAUAUUUCACAUUUUUACCUGAAAAGUAAUGUUUGAAAUUACCCUUUCAUCUGAGAAACACUGUAACAUACCUUUGCUUUAUUCUAAAAAUUAAUUGCUGAAGAAGCAAAAAAGAAAAAAAGAAAAAUGUAAAGCAAAGCAAAACAAAAAGAUACGUCGGAUCAAAGUACAAGAAAGCUUGUAUUUUUCUGGCUGGGGUUGAUGGGAGCUGACAUGUGGAGGGCACCAGAUCAGAGAAAGCUGGCACAGAGACAUUUAAGACAUUUUUGUUUAAAGGAAUAAACACAGCACAAUACAUAGAGAGAACACAACUCCAGCAAAAAUGGGCUAUUCCAAGUUUCAUUGAACCCAGCAGGAACUUAAGUGGUUAACGGUGCUUUCUCACUUCCUUGGAGUUGAGGAGGCUUCAGUGCCUCUGGGUUUGUUGCCUAUAAAUCACGGAGAAACUUUAUCCCUGUCUUUUGGGCUAGGGAAGCAGAAGCUAGCCACUUUUAUUAUUUCCUCAAUCGUAAGUGAUUCAUUAACACGGAAGUAAACUUGAUCAAACCACUUCUCUUCUACAACAAAAGUCAGCGGCAUAAAAUAAAAAAAGAGCGUAGUGCUUACCAGAAUGGGGCUUACCAGUGCUUUUCUGUCACUUCUCAUCAAGAGAACUUUCCCCUUUUCACCACCACCUUGCGUUGAAGAGCCACAUGCAUCAAUGCGAGUCCCAGCUGCAGACAAAUAUGAUUUCACCAAGGCCAAACGAGACAUGAUUCUUCCUUGUAACACCCAAUGGAAAUGGCCACCAUAUGCAUAUUCCUGCCCCUCUGUAAUAUCUACUAUACAUCACUAUAUGCAGCCCAUAAUGUUCUAUGCUUGUCCACCUGCAUGGGGCAGGAAGAUACCACAAUAGCCAAUUGCUUUAUGUUGUUGCUGUGAGGAGAUAGACACAUGGCGGCCAUUUCUGGCGCCGAGUGGAUAAAACAAUAUGGGUCUGAAUAUAAGCCAUCCCCAAAUCUAGCCACUCCCUAUAUGGAUUUGUUAAAUCAAGGUAUCUCUAGCUAUAAGAGCACAAUCGUAGACUGUAUUCAGGUUUAUACAAGCCAGAUUUGGGGGAGGGGCAGGAGAGCGUGGCCUAUAUUCAGACCACUGCAGCACUUAGCGGAUCUAGUUGGCCCUGAUUUUUGACAUUUACUGAAACAGAAUUCAUAUUUUAAAGCAGCCACAGAUGGAAUUUCUCCACAAGGUGACCAAAAUAAGUUUACCUUAGAGUGGAAAAUUAGUAAUAGGAGUUGAAUGAAUACAACUGCAGUGAAUUGAUACAAUAACCAGCUUUUUUCUUAAAAGCUUGCUGUUAGUUUUAAAUGCUUUCUUCAGUGGUCUCCUUUUUACUUUGGGCAUUUUUGCAAAGGUGUAGUGUCUAGUAAUGUUUUCUUAUAUUCUAUGGCACUAUGUAUUUGUCGUUUCUCUGUUGUCUUUUGUACAGAUGCAGUAAGAAUUUAUUGUUAUCUGGGCUAGCAGUUUUCCUUAUCCACCCCUUACUGGCAAUUUGAUACAGAUUUGAUACCAGUUAGCCAAGGUAUCUUUUUUAUAGCUUAGCAAUUUAAUUUUUUUUAAAGGACCCUACCUUUUACUCCAUUUCUUGAACUUCAUUUUUUUUUCUUAUUAAACAAUUGUCUUUUGAGUUUGAAGAGUGAAAGUUUACCCCAUGCAACAUUAUAUAUAUUUUGAAAAAGCUGACCUAGUCAUUGCGAAGAUGCUUCAUUUACAAAUACUGCUUGAAGAGACAGAAAUGGAUGAAAGUAGUAGUCAGUGAAAGCCUUAAAAACCUGCUGAUUAAAAACAAGCAAACUAGGACACCAGGACCACAAUCUAGCGACCCUCUUCCACAUGCAAUAACAGAAUUUAUCCAUGCUGAGUACCCAUUUUCUUGGUGCAAGACUUUUGCACAAUAAUACAAGCAAAUACAUUCAGGCAACAUACACUACAAGCAAAGCCCAAUGGGUCUUUUCAUAUGUAACAUCCCUGGCCCAGUAAACCAUGGUUUUUUAAACUAGGAACAUGGCUCUCCCCUUGCAUGUCAUCCUUAGCACUUCAAUCCUGGUUUGUUUAAAAUCUAGUUCCCAAUCGUAUCCAAACUUGGGAGCUGUGAUACCAGUUUAUUAACCAGGAUCUUAAACUACAGUUUGAUCCACAUUCAAGAACCUGGCUAGUAACCUGACAUCAAACCGCAGUUCCCUGUUUCGGACAUGAACCAUAGUUUAUACAGACCAGGAUAUAAGUGCCAAGCAGGUGCACAAAGUGAGGAAGCAAGGGCAGAGCUUUCUGGCUUGGCACUUGUUCCUAUCUUCAUAAACUAUGGUCUAUUGAAUGUCUGAACUGCGCCUAAUUGUACAUAAGCUUCUUUUUUCACUUGCCACUCUGUGGAUUGCAGCCCCUGCUGUUAUUUUCAGAUGUGAAUUGUGUCUAUGCAGUGUAGGUGAUUUAGCCAAUACCAUGGGAUAAAGGACCACCAAUUAGUUGUAGUAUGCUCUGCACUCAAAGCAAGCCAUGCUGCUUCUAGACUUCCUCUAAAGUACUUAGUACAGUUUUGCUUUUUGCAUCCAUACAGUUGACAGCAUAAUUGCCACUUUUAAUUUGUGCACAAUGGGCAGACCAUUGCAUCCAUUGUAUAUGUCGGAUUUUGCUGACGAUCUCCUGCAACCCCACGUUCAGGAUGUUUGUCCCUGUUCCAAGCACUGCUGGCCUAGAUGUGCUUAGUGACAUUGGAGGCAGAGCUACUGCCAUGCCCAAAUAAUGACUGCAGCUCUAGAUUUCUGCACUAGCAAGUAUCUCUUGCUUGAAGUACUUACUGCUGUGCUUUCUGUCCUGCUGUGCCAUUGCUUCUCAGAACAUCUCAAUAUGCUUCUUCAUUGAGUAAUGGGACUAUUCCAUUUCUGAUUCAGGACACAUUUCUGCUGAAGCUUUCUGGAAAUGUAGAGGAGGCCUUCAAGAGCUAUUCCCCCCCCCCAAUGCUAUCACAAGAACAAUUUACCAUUGGGCUGUGCAUAUACUUAACUUUAUUAAUUGGGGAGGGGACCCAUUUUUGUAGCGAUCGCUUACAUACAGAGUCUGCUGUUUCAUUGGCCAGUUUCACAUGUAAUCCUAAGGUAAACCAUGGCUAAGCGUGAACGUGCAAGUGGGGAAAAUUCAUAGUUUCUUCACGCCUCUCCUGGUCCUGCUACUGUCAUGUUAUGACAUGGUUUAGUUUUGUGUUAUGUCUGAACUCAGGCUAAUGGUUUGUCUUGCUCCAGACAAACCACAAGCUGUAGCCAUGGUUUGUUCUUGGCUUACGGAGGGAGACUCAGCUUUAGACAUAAUGUUGAACCAAACCAUGUUUUACUUUUGGGUAGUGCAGGAUUGAAGCAGCCACACUUUACAUCUGAGUAUUGACACAAUUGUUCACUUUUGCUAAGCUAUGUUUUGCCUUUGCAUUAUGUGUGAACUCAGCCACCUAGAAACAUAAAAAACCCCACAACUACCAUACUAAAGCCAUACUUCACAUAUAAUAUAUAUUAGAUGCAAUUCUAGAAAAAUUUUCCUUAUACGUGUUUUUGUUUUCGCUGUUAAUUGUUAGCAUUACUGGUUUUGUGCGAUUAUCACUACUAUAAUUAUUAUUGACUGAAAAUGUGAUUAUUUGAAUUUGGUUGAACACUACAGCUUGGGGCAUUAUUUUAUUUAUUUAUUUAUACGUAGCAUACAUCAAAUCACUAGUGAAUGACACACAAGAAUGCUAAGGAAGGAGAAACAGGCAAGUCUUGAUCUGAUAUAUUGACAUAUACAAUUCAACUAGAUUUAUGGUGACUUCAUUGCAUUAUAUAGCCAUAUUGCCUUUGUGCCUUCCAAGGCACAUAAAAUAAAAUAGAAAGCAUCGAUCUUUGCUGUACUUCAAGUAAUCUUCAUCAUCAUUGCUCUUUAAUAUUCCCCAUAUAUAUAUAUAUAUAUAUAUAUAUAUAUAUAUAUAUAUAUAUAUAAUUUGAUCUGACCCUGAUCCUACAAAUGUCCAUUGCCAUGGAAGUCUUUUGUGCGGAAGGGGUUUUCCCCUACUGUGCUGCCCAUUAUAAUCCCAUUAUGAAGAAAGCAAGAAUGCUAAGCCUAAAAAAACACAUAGGAUUGCAGUUGAGGCAGCUGCCUCUGCCAUGCCCCUAAUAAUGGCUUUGUAGGUGAGCUCCUCCAGAUAUACAGGGUAUAGCAGUACUGGCUGGAAUAUAUUCCUGGGGAGCAGACCUGAGUGAAGACCAUCGCUCACCCCAAAGUCGGUUAAGCUAAGCUUACCAGAUGUCCCCGUUUCCUGGGGACAAUCCCCGGAUUUACAAAUCAGUCCCCUGACAAAAUCCAUCUAUUUAGUAGGAAGUUGAAAAGUGUCCCUGGAUUCAUUGAAAAAAAAUCUGGUAACCUUAGGUUAAGUGGCCAUGCCCAACCAACCAAGCAACCAACAUCCCACCCAUAAAAACUGGGAGAAUUCAGUUCCCAGUUGCAGGAGAGCCAUUGCCUUUGCAACCUCUGCAAAACCAACAUGAGCUUGUAGUGCAGAUGUGCUUUUGCCAUUACGAUGUGUCUUUUGCGGCAGCUUUGCCUAGCGAUAGCAGUUGCUGGUGUCGUAUUGCCAUAGCUGUCAACUUUUCCCUUUUUUUAAGGGAAAUUCCCUUAUUCCGAAUAGGAUUCCUCACAAGAAAAGGGAAAAGUUGACAGCUAUGCAUAUUGCUGACCCUGCGCUGCUGAGCCUGGGAUGUCAGCAAACUACCGCAGGCGUGGCAUGGAGCAGGGCCCGCAAUAAUCACACCCCCCUCUCUCACACAGACACACACACACACAUCAGCUGCCAUGCCGUUUCUGAGCAAAACUGUGCAUCGGAUUGGGUCAUCAGGCUGCUUUUGUUGUGGUAAAGAAAGGUUUACAUGGGGAAAGGAGUUCAGAAAUAGCUGUGAUCCAACACUGGCCCUUCCACCUCCCCGAUCUGUGUUGACAAAGGUGAGGUUAUAGUGAGUGCCUAGACCUUACAUUCACCAGCAGAAGGAUUAGGGAACAACAACACAACAAAAAUCCUUCAAAUCACCAGUUUUUCCUCCCCUUCACAAGUACAACUGUUCUUGUGCCUUCUGUGGCUUAACAAUUUUCAUCUUUUUGAACCUUUUCCUGCCCCUUUCCUCACAGCCGCAAUAAGCUAGGUUCUUUUCUCCCACCCUCUCCCACCCUGUUUUUUCAGCUCUUUGACAUGAUGUUAGCUAUGCAUAUUUUGUGUCUUUUUAAAGAAAAAAAAAUUAAAAAGCAGGAGACUAAGUUUUUGAAGAAGAGAAUUUUUAGAACAGUUUGAUAAUGCAAAUUAUUUUUUUCUCAGUCCUUUGGGCGGCAUUCAAUUUUGGAAAAAAACAACAAAAUCUUGUAGAAAGCCAACUUUUUUGUAAUAGUGGUGCAGAUCUUGUGUUUUCUUAGCCUAAUAAAAAGUAGUAUAGAAGCAAUAUUUCAUACGUAAUAUAUAUAUGUGUAUACAUAUACAUACAUAUAUACCCACAUAUACAUACGAUAAUAUAUAUAUAGAUAUAUAUAUAUGUAUAUAAGCUUAUACACACACAAUAUGCGUGUGAAGUGAAAAGCUUACCUUUUUCCAAUGUAGAUUAAGAACCUAUUUUAGACAUUUGUUAUGUUUUGUGAGAAGAAUGUUCUAUUUGAAACUAUGAAACAUUUAAUUCUUACUGUAUCUCUGGUUGUGUAAUGGGAGCGCUUCACAUUAAAUGGUUUUUAAAAAGUGAAAGAUAUUAGAAUGUAGUAAUUAUUUAAUGAAGUGUUCGCCCAUAUAAUCCUGAGGUUUGCUUUUGUGCCUCUGAGUAUUAUUUAAUUUAAAGUGUUUUAAGUUUGCAGAAUCAUUGUUACUGUACCAGGUAUGUGGGUGAACAUCUAUAGCUGAGGGGAACUUUUAUAAAGCAAUGUAUAUAUUCAGCUUGACGGCUUUUCUCAAAUAAAAGGCACAUGAUUUUAAUAACUACACUCUGAGAACAUCUGUUAAAUUUAUAAGAAACGCUGCAGUAACUGUAUAGAUAGUUGAAAGCAUUCUUUAAAACCCAGCUCAAUACUUUUUAAAAGAGCUCUCUCUCUCUCUCUCUCUCUCUCUCUCUCUCUCUCUCUCUCUCUCUCAUCAUGUGUCCAGGACAUGAGUGAUUCAGUUUCUGUAAAAUUACUGAAUUUCCCCCCCUUCCCAUGUGCACAAAAUAAUUUAUUGGCAAAGGGUUCCCUCCCUCCAGGUUAAUAGUAACUAAGAAAUAAAAGUGAAGAUUUUGUGGCUUUAAAUAUAGGACUUUCACCAGCAGAACAGAAAGAUAUAAAUAUAUAUAAAUAUAUAUAAAUAAAUAAAUAUAAAUAUAUAUAAGAAGUGGUUUGCAAACCCCCUCAAAUGAGCAUUGUACAUGAAAAUGAAUCAAAAAUUAAAAAAAAUAAAUCCUCCUCUAUUUGUCAUGUGUAUUAUAUAGUAAUUAUUGAUGUUCUAGUGCAAAGACUUCUUUUGGGUAUCUCUUCUGUGUUUUGACAUUUUUUUAUAAGCAUUGUUUUCAAAAAGCUCCCCUUUCAAGAAUGUAACUGAUUUAUAUGAGUAAGCAGUUACUGUAUUGCACUUAAAUGUUCUGUUGAAGGAAAUGCAAUUUUUGUUUUUCUGUGGAACUGUUGGCUGUAAAAAAAAACACAAAAACAAAAAAAAACCAUUGAAAAUGCUCAUAUUUUCAGCUGGGAUUAAAAAAAAAAGCUGGUGUUUAACUUUUGUGUCUUCUUAGGAAUAGGUCUGUUUCGAAGUAGGAAAGGUGGUGAUUUCAGGCAUUUUUCUUGUUUUCCUUUUGCCAUCUGAGACCCUCAGUUUAUGUUCUCAGCUGUCAUCAGAAAUAUUAAAAAUUGUACAAGAUAUAUACAGUCAAAUCUGGAUGAGACUCAACCUUGAAUUCUAGCCCGAGUAUGUAUGGCCUGGACUUUCACAAGGCAUUAAUAACAGUAUAACACUGUAGGUCAGACUUUCUUCAGCCUGGUGUCCUUCAGGUACAGAUGGACUUCAGUUCCCAUCAGCCCCGCCAAUGGCUAGGAAUGAUGGGAUUUGUAAUCCAGUUAAACUUGGAGGGCACCAAAUUGAGGUAUGCUGCUGUAGGUUUUGACACACACACAAACACACGUUCGUUUAGUGAGAAGAUAUUUGGCCAUAUAGAUCUGGACGAAAGACUCAGAGAAAUUUAUUUAUUUAUCUGGAAGAAUCAAAGGUUAAGGCAUAAACUUCUCUUGUCCCAGCUACUUCUCAUAUGUAUAUAGUUAGGAAAGUGACAAAAACACUGCCUUUAUAUUAUUUAGCAAUAUGUUGUAAAUAGCAUUAUUAAACUUUUUUUUGUAAUAAAGACCCUUUAAUUUGAACUUAGUACAAUAACUGAAUUAAUAAAGUCAAUUUUUGAAUUUUUUUUUAAAUUUAUUUUUUAGCUAGAGGCAAUUUCAACUGUGGAAUUUUCUUUUUGUUUGUUUGUUGAUGUUGUUGUCUAUUGUUCUGAAGACUUUGCAUAAUUUAUUGGUUUAAUUUAUCCUAAUUUAUUUGAUGGUGUACAAUUUUGUAUUGCCAAGGAUGUACUGUAAUAUUAAUUGAUGAUGUGAUAAAACAUGAAGACUCCCCUGUCUGUAUGGAGGGAAAAAAAGGUGCAGUAGACAAUUGAUUUUGGGGGGCGGGGAAUUACAAUUCUAGCUUGGCAGCUACUAAAUUGAAAAGAAAUCAGGAAAAAAAUGUUUUUUGGGGUUGGGGGGGUUGGGGUGGGAGGGAGGGAAUCUUAUUUUGUGUGUUUUAAGCUUUUGUAUACUCUCCAGACCUUUACCUUUUUGCUUUGUACCACUUAAAGGAUACAGUAGUUCAAUUGCCUUGUGUGCCUUCCAUCUUCUCUGAACUGAAUGUAUGUGCAGUAUAUAUGCAAGCUUGUGCAAAAUAAAAUAUAAAUUACAAGCUCA